AUGGGGUGUUGUGGAGAUCGAGAAAAGGGCAAGACGGUGACGGAGGAGCAGAAGUGGGACUUCAUUUCGCAGAACCUUUCCGACUUCAAAUCGUCAUCCUGUCUGGCUCCCUUUUCCUAUGUCUGGCUCUGGAUCCUCGUCUUGAUUUCGUGCGCCGUCUACGCCGCCGAUGCCUUCACGGCUGUCAACCUCCUCGCCUUCAACAAAUGGUCGAGCCAGGUCAAGCCCAAGGUUCCCUUCGAGGUCGCCAAGUGGAUCUUCGCCAUCACCAUCAUCAUCUCCUACGUCUUCCUCCUCUACCGAUGGAUCCUGGCUUUGCGCGUCAUGAAGACGGGCAGUGUGGUCGAAUGUUAUCUGGAGCCCCUCGCAGCUAUCCUACAGAGUAUGCGCAUCACGUCGAGCGGACAAGGCUGGCGGCGCUUCCUGGUCUUUGCCGAGUUGACCAAGAGUAAAAAGGGCGCCAACUACGUUGCCCUCUUCGUCUACUUCCAGUUCAAGAGUGCCCUGCUCAUCAUCAUCGCUCAAGGGCCACGUAUCGCCAUCAAUGCCAUGACUUUGUAUGCCGUCAUGCAAGCUCAACUUCUUCCCGUCGGCGACCAUGCGUCGGAUGAACGCUCCGGUUUCGAGCAAUUCUUCUUCAACAUCAAGCUCAUGAUUGAAAACGGCAACAAGCAGGAGACGGUCAUUUACUUUACCAUGCUGUUCUCCUUGGUCAUCUGGGUGAUUGCUGCCUUGGGUCUCAUCAUCUCCGUACUGUUGUACCUCUUCUUCCUCUGGCACUACAUUCCACGCGCCGACGGUAGCUUGACAGCAUACUGCCGCCGCAAGCUCGAGACACGUCUUCAGCGUAUAGUGGGUAAGAAGAUUAAAAAGGCAAUUGAAAAGGAAGAUCAGCAGCGCAGAAGGGAUGAGCAAAAGGCCAUCAAGAAGGGAGCCCUCGACCCUUCGCAGACACGACCCACGCUGCCCAAGCUGGGAGGCGAUGAUGACGACAGAUCGACUGUUUUCUCGCUGCACAGGACCGACACCAUGGCGUCCAACACCACACUCCCGCCCUACUCCGUGAACCCGCCAACGCGAUCAAAUUCGAAUUCCACAAUGAACACUAUGAGCACGAAUCGUGCCAUGGCAAAGCCAACCCUGCCUACAUUGGACGAGCGACCUGGCAUGGGAAUGCGUUCGGAAACGCAGGGUACGGACUACUCGACAGCCAGCUAUGGUUCCAGUGCACCAAUGCUUGGCCGAGCUGGUGACUUGGGCCGGAAUUCACCCGCGCCGCCAGUCCCUCAUUUGGAUCAGAACAAUGACUACUUUGGCAACCAGGAGGGGCGACCGUAUGGAUCAGCAAACAGACCUUUUACUCCCAUGUCGCAAGGACGAGCAUCGCCCGCACCAUCGCGUGCAUACGGCCCGCCGGUAGACACGAGCCAUUCCAACAGCCGCUACGGGUCUGUUCACUCGGCCGUCUCCCUACAGAACAACGAGCAAGGGUCGCAAUACGCACAGUCGACCCGCCCGUACCCCGAGUUCAGUCCCUUUGACAGUCGAGGGCCACGAACAGGUCCAGCAUAUGAGCUCUCACCAGUUGACCAAACGCCUACGGAGAGCAUAGCCCAUCAUUACUACUCCAACUCCAAUGAGUCUGUCGACUACCGGCCGCCACAAUUGCCUAAUGCACUACGCUCUGGAUCGCCAGCUCCCGCCCAACCAGUCGGCUUGCCCAGUCAACCGCGCGCAGGCACCGCUCCUCCACGACCCGGUAUGCCUGCAUCGCUGCAGUCGGCAAGCCAGCGCCGUGAAGUAUCACAGCCCCUUCCGAACCGCGGGAUGAACGGCUCGGCUGCCCCUCCACAGCAGCAACAAAGAAGUGCGACUGCGCCUUUGCAGCAGCCAUCGUGGGCCUCGGGACCUCAGCAACGUAGUUAUACAUCCCAGGCACAAGGCCCACCUCGGAGCUACACACCGCAAGGCCAGGGUCCACCACCGAGGAGUUAUACACCCCAGUCCCAGUCGCAGCAGGGCUCCAACAACUACGGCUAUUGA